AUGUUUCUUAAUAAUUUCGUAGUGUGCGCCAGAUAUAAGAAACUUCCAGCAGAAAUCCAACAACAAAUCGUCGACUGUAGUUUACCUUUUGGUAACUAUGGAUGUGCUGGUGGAUCGCUAAGAAAUACUUUAAGAUAUCUUGAAAAAGUUGGAGGCCUGAUGGCAUACACGGACUACCCAUAUAAGUCAAGGAAACAAAGAUGCGUGUACGAUAAGCACAAAGCAUUAGUAAACAUUACUUCUUGGGCUGUUUUACCAGCACGUGAUGAACGAGCUUUAGAAGUUGCUCUGGCUACAGUUGGACCAGUGGCUGCUUCUAUUAACGCCAGUCCUCACACAUUUCAACUUUAUCACAAUGGAAUUUAUGACGAUCCUUCGUGUUCUUCAGACCACGUCAACCAUGCUAUGCUGGUAGUAGGCUACACAAGAGACACGUGGAUUUUGAAGAAUUGGUGGGGCAAACAUUGGGGAGAAAAUGGUUAUAUGCGACUACGAAGACACAAAAAUCGGUGUGGGAUAUCAAAUUAUGCAGCUUAUGCUUUGGUUUGA